GGACCGGGGGCGCCGCCCGCGCCCGGGACCGACCCCGCUGCUCGCGGCCGCGCCUCAGAGGGAUCUGAAAACAGUAUGGACCAAAAAAUGGUAUAAAUCUUGAAGACGUGGAAUCUUGUAAUGCCAAUUUUCAUUAAAAAAAUGCUCUCUAUCAAAAUCAGCUCACAUCAUUGAAAAGAUAAUUUUGAAGACAUGUUUUGCUGAAAAGACAACUGAGAAAAAUUUUACGAAUGGGAUGAACACGUGCCAGUUAAUUGACUACCUACUGCAAUUUGAAUGUUAACAUUACCCACCUGGUACAGUUACCUAGUGAUGUACCUAUUCUCACAAUACCCUAUUUCAGUGUGCUUGUCUUGAUUAAAGAAUUCAAAGUGGAGUACCGCAAACUUGAUAUGGAUAAUAAAAAGAAAGACAAGGACAAAUCAGAUGAUAGAAUGGCACGACCUGGUGGUCGGUCGGGACACAAUACUCGAGGAACUGGGUCUUCGUCCUCUGGAGUUUUAAUGGUUGGACCUAACUUUAGAGUUGGAAAAAAAAUUGGAUGUGGCAAUUUUGGAGAAUUACGAUUAGGGAAAAAUUUAUAUACAAAUGAAUAUGUGGCAAUUAAACUGGAGCCUAUGAAAUCCAGAGCACCACAGCUACAUUUGGAAUACAGAUUCUACAAGCAGUUAGGAUCUGGAGAUGGUAUACCUCAAGUUUACUAUUUUGGCCCUUGUGGUAAAUACAACGCUAUGGUGCUGGAACUGCUGGGACCUAGUUUGGAAGACUUGUUUGACUUGUGUGACAGAACGUUUUCUCUUAAAACAGUUCUCAUGAUAGCUAUCCAACUGAUUUCUCGCAUGGAAUAUGUCCAUUCAAAGAACUUGAUAUACAGAGAUGUAAAACCUGAGAACUUCUUAAUAGGACGACCAGGAAACAAAACCCAGCAAGUUAUACAUAUAAUAGAUUUUGGUUUGGCAAAGGAAUAUAUUGAUCCAGAGACAAAGAAACACAUACCGUACAGAGAACACAAGAGCCUUACAGGAACAGCUAGAUAUAUGAGCAUAAACACACAUUUAGGAAAAGAACAAAGUAGAAGAGAUGACUUAGAAGCUUUAGGUCAUAUGUUCAUGUAUUUUCUGAGAGGCAGUCUUCCUUGGCAAGGUUUAAAGGCUGACACAUUAAAAGAGAGGUAUCAGAAAAUUGGAGAUACAAAACGAGCCACACCAAUAGAAGUGUUAUGUGAAAAUUUUCCAGAAGAAAUGGCAACAUAUCUUCGCUAUGUAAGAAGACUAGAUUUUUUUGAAAAACCGGACUAUGACUACCUAAGAAAGCUUUUUACUGACUUGUUUGAUCGAAAAGGAUAUUUGUUUGAUUAUGAAUAUGACUGGAUUGGUAAACAGUUGCCUACUCCAGUGGGUGCAAUUCAGCAAGAUCCUGCUCUAUCAUCAAACAGAGAAGCACAUCCACACAGAGAUAAGAUGCCACAGUCCAAAAACCAGUCGGCAGACCACAGGGCAGCUUGGGACUCCCAGCAGGCAAAUCCCCACCAUUUGAGAGCUCACCUUGCAGCAGACAGACAUGGUGGCUCGGUACAGGUUGUAAGUUCUACGAAUGGAGAGUUAAACACAGAUGACCCUACUGCAGGACGUUCAAACGCGCCCAUCACAGCCCCUACAGAAGUAGAAGUGAUGGAUGAAACCAAGUAUGUAUUCGCUUUGCUUGUUUUAGUGCUGCUGUUUUUUCAAACGAAGGAAAAGGAAAACCAUACAGCGCCACAAAUGACUCUGGACACAGACAGAUCAUGGGGAGUUACUUACGUGUUCAUCUGCUGUCUUGUGAUUAAAAUCAUCUCUGUAGUGACCACAUAUAUUUUCAAAGACUCACUCUUAGAAACAAAAAUGUCAUACUUUCAUACUUCAUUUUGUGGUUGUCUUACAUUCAUGUUUUUUCUAAUUUAAUUUAUGGAAGCUUUAAAGUUUUGUCAAAAUAUGAGUGCUUUGCCCAUCAAUGAAUGGAAUGGACCAAUGAGGUGAUAUUGGUGAAUACAGUUCUGUAGAACAUUUUUCAGAAGCUCUCCUCCUGUUGUAGAAAGCAGUACAGUAUCUUAAAUGUCAACCAGUUAUCUACCGAAUCUGGUUUUUUAUAACUUCUAUAAGAGCAUAAUCAAACAGGAAUUUUCUCCCCAGUGGAUAACGCAACAGAGAAAACAGAGUUGCCCAAAUAUUUGAAAGAAGUUAUUCCUUGAGAAGUUCAUUUUUUGUGUGACAUCUGCAUUGAUUUCAGUAUUACUGAUGGUACUGCUAUUCAUGAGUCAUAUUAACAUUCUCUCUGUGAAAUCAUGGUACAGUCACUGCCCAGAGGUACUGACGAAAAAGCUCUAUGGGUUCGGCAGAUGGUAGCAGUAAAAUGAAUCGCAAGUAGUGUGGUAAAUACGAGCUCUGCUUUUGUUGCACCACUAUGUGAAGUACAGUGUUGCUGAAGUGGCUAAAGCGCUUAUUUUAAAAAAUGCAAAAUAUUUGUAUAAUGUAACUUUAUGCUUCCAGAUAAUAAUGUAUGUUAGACAGCAAGAAAUGAAUACUUGGAAAAAUGAGGUAUGUUGGAGUUUUUAAAAAAAUACACUAAGGAGAAGAAAUAAAUGUGAAUCUCAUUGCAAUGUAUAAAGUUGAGGUCUAAGAAGAUCCCACUGAAGCCUACUGCUGAAUGAUUACAUUCUCCCUUAAGCAGAAAACUUGCGAUGUGCCAUGUAAUGGUGUCUGUUUAUUAAUUAUUUGCUCUUUGAUAAAAAAGACCCCCCCAGCAAUAAAAACUGGGUCACUCGAUUGCCCUCUGUACACAUUAGUCUCUUGUUUUCAACUUUGCUGGUUCUCUGGAAUUUUCCUACUUUUUAGGAUAAUUUUGAUGAUUGAAAACUAUUUUGGACAGGUUGAUCAGGUGCUCUGCCUCCAUAGUCUUUUGAAGUGCCUGCAUAUGAACAAAGUAAUGGUUCUGUAAAAAAGGAAACCCAUUCCACUUUUCAAGUAUGCUUUGUUUUAAACCAUAAAGACACAGGUGUACUUUUGUCGCAUUCUACUAGCCAGAAUUUUCAAGAAGAGUUAAAACAAAAAGACUGGCUUGAAAGAUAAUUACCUUGUUCAAUCUCAUAUUCACCUUUCAUUUAUACAGUGGUUACUUACUCCUUCCAUGCAGCCCCGUCUUUGUCUUCAAGUGCCUGCCUCCAGGCGUGCUUAUUUAUUUUUAUUGUCUCAAGGUAACAUUUAAAAUGUGUAAUUAAAGUAAAUAAAUCUACGUUUUUGACUUCUUCAUCGCAUUUACGGGGAUUUAAUUGUACUUUGUAAUUUAUUUUUCUUAUUACCAAAAGCAAUGCAUUGUUUUUGAUGAAUUAGGCACAGCUAUGAAUACUGUAAAUCAGGACAUUGUUUAUCAUUGUUGCUCUGAAUCCUAUGAAUGAUCUUUCUAAGUUCUUGAUUUUAAAGACCUACACUCAGCCUAGAAAACAUUUGCUGUAUAAUUUGGUCAACAGUUUCCAUUCUAUUUGUAUACUGUCAUGAUGUCUUAAACUACAGGAGUUACAUACUGAGUUUUUAUUUUUGUUUGCUUUGAGUAAGGUAGAUGGAUGUUUUGGCCAUUAUAAUGUGAAACCACUUCUUUCUUUACAGUAUUUGACCAAAUUUGUGUGUCUAUGAUAUUUGUAAAUACAUGCAAUAUCUGUAUUUCUUAUCAUAAGCCUAUUUAGUUUUAUUCUCAGUAGGGUUUUUGGACUGUACAGUGUUUAUAUGAUCUGAACUCCUUAUACAUAAGAAGGUGUGUAUAUUAAUCCAAUUAUGGACUUAAAAUAUUUUAAAAGUAUAAAUACCCUUAUUUGCUGCAAAGACCAGUGUGUAGACAUUUGCUUUUUAGCAAUAUUUUUAAGUGCUCCAUUUUAAUGCCAAGGAAUAAGUCUUCUGGCAACACAAACUGGUCAAUAAUAGGUAAUGCAGGUAUGUUCAGGUUAAGCCAACAAUGUUUUGCAUUUUUAUGCUUCUUUUCUGUCAACACUAAUGAAGUCAACAUUGCCUGAAUGUCUGAAUAAUGAAACACAUCCCUGUUUAAAAGUAUGUAACUGAAAAAGAAAUAAAAAAUAAAGGUAGUUUUUUUAAA